AUGAAGGAUGACAUCCACAGGCUGCGAACCGCGGCACGACCAACGGCAGUCAAGAUCGCCAAGGAGGCGAACACACAGACGACCGACGACGGCCAGACAGCAGCGGCCGCCGGCCAAUGCUGUACGCCGAUCCGAUAUUUCGGCGAUCAACCUGACCCGCGAUACAAGAAAUUUAAGGGCGUUGGUUCCCAAAACUGCAAAGGACACUACUACUUGCGCCACUGGGUUUUUGAAGCGGAGCCGCAUGGGGACAAUGGCCAGAUCUUCAAGCAAGAGGGAGCAGUGUACGCUGCCAACAGCAAUUUUGAGGUUCAGGCGGCUCCGGUGAAAGCAGCCCGCAAGAUCCGUGGCCUGCAGCGCGAGCUUUGCGAGAACCAUGCGGAUUUGUUUCCGGAGCUAAUUCUUGCUUGCUGCCCAGAGGAGUGGGCAUCCUUGAUAGGUGUGCCACAGGAGGAGAUCGACGCUCAAAAGCGCAUGACGGCGCUGCUGACGGAUGCGCAGCGGUCGGAUGCCUUGGAGUUUGUUCUGGGCGGUGUGAAGAAUUCCUACCACGGAUGCGGGCUAGGCAAGAUGCUGGUAGAGGCUGCUAUCGAUGCCUCUCGGCGGCGUGGCUGGAGAUUCUCGGACGUGCAGCUGGUCUGCCACCACCCGGGCAAUCCACUUUUACAAGAGCUUGGGCUUCACAGAAACCCGUGUCGCAAGCCGAAGUCAAGAUGA